AUGUAUAAGCUUUUGGCUUUUUUGGCUCUUGUCGUGUCUUCGGCUUCAGGAAUUUCAACACCUUCACCUCCAGUUUCCUCUGAGACGAGCUCUGAAAAUAAGCCACCGGUUGCCAAGUCGCAUCCCUUCCAAGCUGGUCUACCAACGGCUUCUUCUGGACUUUUCUCAUCUGGAUCCUCAUUUGGCCUUCCAACCCAAACGAAAACUUGUAGAAUCCGAACUGUUGGACGCUCUAUCAACAAUGUUUGUCCAAUUGGAUAUACCGUAAUCACCAACGCAAUCCGGACCGAUGUCUAG